ACUCCAAAAAACUAGAACAGAAAACACAUAAAAAUAAAAAAAAACUGUAUUAAUAUUCAAAGCAAACAAAAAAAACUGAAAGCUGCAAAAAGCUAAGACAAAAUAACAGAGCUCGUUAACAAGAACAAGUCAUGGAAAAUCUAGAUACCACCAUUGGUAACAUGGAGAACAGUCGAUUCGCCGCUCUCUAUGGCGGUUUGAUCAAGGAGUUGUCCGCUAAUUCGGAGAUGUCCCAGAUGGAAAUCACCUGUUUACUCCUUGUUUAUUACAAGUUCUGCAAAGCCAAUGGGCCCAAUGCUAGGAAAAUGACCAAUAAGCAGUUCUUCGAAAUAUAUUUGGUGUUGUUUAACGUUGCAAGUAGGCAGAUCAUUGAACGCACUCUUCUGGCCAUCACAAAGGACACGAAAUUCGUGAGUCCCCAGGCAUGGAUUAACCUUUUUUAUCUCUACACAACCAGCGACAUCCACGUGCGAAUGAAAUUUGCCUUCGAGGUGUACGACACGAAGGGAACCGGCGUUAUUGAUCGAGAACAAGUCGGCAGGGCAUGUGAUACCUUUUUUGUCGGGGACGACGAAGAUGAAAUUAACGAACUUAAGGCGGAUAUGACUGAGUUCCUAAUGAAAAAGUUCGAUCUGGACAGGGACGGCGUUAUUUCUUAUGAGGACUAUUCCACUGUCGUCAUACAGCAGCCAGUUUUAGUCGAAUUCUUGGGCUGGUUGUUCCCAUCGAAGAAAGACAAAGAUCUGUUGGCCCAUUGCAUAAACUUGCAUUUGGAUCUAAAUUAAAAUGACGAAUUUAAUUAAAAUGACGACUUGUGAAAGCUA